UGCACAUACUUACUGGUCGGCGCCUCCGUCGUCGUCGUCCGCGAGGAGCGCGGCCUCCAUGCGCUCCGCUUCGGCGAGCUUGCGCUCGGCCUCGGCCAGCAAGUCGCAGACCGCCGUCGCGCGCGCGUCGAAGCCGUCGAUCUGAGUCCGCUCCCGUCGAAUUUCCUCGCCCAACAACUCCGCGUCGACGUCGGGGUAGCGCUCUUCUUGUGGUGCUGGCGGCGCCGGCGGGACCACAGCGACGGCCGCGACCGGCGCGACGUCCGCGACGACGACCGCGUUGAUCGGUGCGGCGCCGCCGACGGCGCGCGCGACGACGGGCUCCUCGUCCCUUUGGACUGCUUGCGCGGGCGCCUCCUGCGAGUUGUCCGCUUGUGCGGGCGCCUGCCGCUCGUCAGAGGCGGCCGCCUGGGCCUGCUGGUGCGCGCGCCGCCGUCGCUCGCGGUCCGCGCGGCGCUGCUCCCGCAGCUUCGCGAUGCGCUCCGUGUCUUCCUCGGGCGGCGCGUCCAUCGUACCUAAUGGUGGGGCAGCCUUUUACGAACCAGUGCC